UUAACAUUAUAAUAUUUUAAUUAAUAAAUUAUGUAUUAAUAAGUAAUUAUAAAAUAUUUAUGUUCGCAUGUGCGGAUGAAACACCUAGCUUUAAUUAUAUUUUCGUAGAUUUUUUUAAUUAUAAUUUCGUAAAUUAUUUAUUCAUUUUAUAGUUAAUUUAAUAAAUAUACUAUAUAUUUAAAUAUAAUAAUAUAUUUCUCUAAAAAUUUUAAAAAUCAUUAUAAUGAUUACAUAUAACAUAGCUCACCUAUUGUGCUCACGUAUUGUAAUGUUUCUUACUAGAAAUAAAAACAUUAGAAAAGAAAGAAAAAGGAGAGACAAAGUCAAUUAUUUAUGGGAUCCGAUUAUUUAUUGCUAUAUCAUCGUCUUCCCGAAGCAUCCACCAGUUAGAUUAAAAGAAAAAUCUACCAAUUGAUUGAAAAGUAUUAUCGAGAGAUUUGAGGAUCGGCCAAGGAAAUCGCCACAAUUUUAAUAAUUUGAUUAGUUUUGAUGAUCAGAAUCAGAAGAGCAUGUGCUUAAUCAUAUCUAAAACAUUUAAAAUCUAAGUAACCUACAGCUUAACAAAGAGACAAAAAUAACUAAUACAAUCAUCGUCGUUCUUUUUCAAAAAAAAAAAAAAACAAAGAGACAAAAAUAACUAACCUUAUAGACAGUCGAUGCCCAAAAAUAACUAAUACAAUCUGUUUUAUUUGUGACAGAAAAGUUACGGCCAUUCAAUUAAGAAAAUGUAAGUAACCUACAGCUUAACAGGAUAUGUAUUUUACAGAUCAAAAUUAAAAACACAUGUAAAAAUAGGAGAGGAUUAAAUAGAAAACUUGAAAGAAAAAAAUUCAUUAUAUUCUAACAUAUUGUUGUGUGUUUAAAAACUUUUUUACAUUACGAAUAUUAACAUUAUAACUGUUAAUAUUUACAUUACAUAAAUAUUCUAAUAUCAAACACAAUUCAGAAUAUUCCUAAUAUUUAUCAUUUCUACAUAAAGUCACAAAUAUUUGUCCUGUUUUUUAUUGCGUGGACAAAUGAGUAUUUGGAAGGGAAAAAAAUUAGUAUUUGGAUUUUGGAAGAUCACGUAAACUUCCAAUUCCGCUUAUACCAUUAAGUACACGUGGCUCUCUAUUUGUGGAACAUGCAUCUCACGCGCUCUUACAGGCGUGACAGGGAUACAUCCACUAACGGUGAAAAUGAAAUGUCAACACUCACUCACUUACGGUCAAACAAAUUCCCUGUCUGCAUAUAUUUCAGUUUCUCUAGUCUGAAAAUUAACCAAAACGCAAACGUUUAACACGUCUCACGUUCCUCUAGCACGAGGUCCAUGAGCAAUCGCUCACGUCGGCUUAUUUAUCACAUCUCUCUCUCUCAAUCCAAACACAAGAGAGAACAAAAAUAAAAUAAAAAUGUUUGUAGCAUCUCCGGUGAAAACAAACUCCUACGGUGCCGGCCUGGUGAGAUUUCCGGCGUUUCCCGUACUUCCACGGCGGCGACAACACAUAGUUCCACUUUCCAGAAAAGUCCGAGCUGUGAUAAGCCGGGAAGAAAAGACGGUGGAUCAAGAAGAUGGAAAAAAUACAAACGGUUCACUAGUAAGUAACACACCCGCGUUUCCAUGGCAGAGAUCUAAGUAUACGGGAACAAAAACGGUCAUUGCGGUUGUGAAGAUCAGGAAGAAGAUGAGAGAGAAGCUAACUGAGAGGGUUGAGCAUCAACUAGAGCUUUUAAUGAAAGCCAUAGGUCAAGGGAUGUUGAUUCAGCUUGUUAGUGAAGAAAUCGAUCCUGAAACUGGUUCAGGUCGAAAGAGUUCAGAAACUCCGGUGCUUGGACUCCCCAAGGCUCGCAACGAUUCCAGGUACCUGGAAUUCACAGCCAACUUCACUGUCCCGACCGACUUUGGUAAACCAGGUGCCAUUCUUGUCACCAACCUCCUUUCCUCGGAGAUUUGCUUGUCGGAGAUCAUCAUCCGUGAGGGCAGUGACACCAUUCUCUUCCCUGGAAACACUUGGAUCCACUCCAGGAACGAUAACCCUGAAGGCAGGAUUAUCUUUGCAAGUCAAACAUGGUUACCUUCCAAGACUCCAGCGGGGAUCAAAGAGCUACGAGAAAAGGACUUGACGAGUGUCCGUGGUAACGGAGAAGGCGAGAGAAAGCCUCAUGAGAGGAUCUAUGAUUACGAUAUCUACAACGACAUAGGCGAUCCUCGUAAAAAAGAUCGAGUUAGACCUAUUCUUGGUGUCCCAGAGAGGCCCUAUCCAAGACGUUGCAGGUCUGGCCGGCCUCUCCUUUCAGCAGACACACCGUUUGAGAGCAGAGGAAAGGACAAGGAUGAGUUUUAUGUUCCGAGAGACGAAGUUUUUGAGGAUAUCAAGAGAGAUACGUUUAGAGCUGGGAGAUUCAAGGCUCUCUUUCACAACCUCGUCCCAUCUAUAGCAGCUGCAUUGUCAAACCUAGACAUUCCUUUUACAUGCUUCUCGGAUAUAGACAGGUUAUACAAAUCUGAUAUUGUCUUGAGACACACCGAACCAAAAAACAAAGGCCUUGGCGGUUUCAUUGAUGGGAUCCUCAACGUUGGUGAAACACUACUAAGAUAUGACACUCCUGCCGUUAUAAAAUGGGACAGAUUUGCGUGGCUGAGGGACAAUGAGUUUGGACGUCAAGCUCUUGCUGGUGUCAACCCUGUUAACAUAGAGCUUCUGAAGGAGCUGCCAAUAAGAAGCAAGCUUGACCCGGCUAUAUAUGGAUCUCCAGAAUCUGCUCUCACAGAAGAACUGAUUGGUCAUGAAGUUUUACACUAUGGAAUGACUUUGGAACAGGCGUUUGAGGAGAAGAGAUUGUUUCUCUUGGAUUACCAUGACAUGCUCCUGCCAUUUGUAGACAAGAUAAACUCCAUCAAAGAGGAUCCAAGAAAGACAUAUGCUUCUAGAACAAUUUUCUUCUACUCAAAGGCAGGUGCCCUGAGGCCUUUGGCCAUAGAGCUCUCCUUGCCUCCCACGCCAGAGAACGAGAACAAGUUUGUUUAUGCUCACGGACAUGACGCUACUACUCACUGGAUUUGGAAGCUAGCCAAAGCUCAUGUCUGCUCAAAUGAUGCUGGUGUUCACCAGCUAGUUAACCACUGGCUAAGGACUCACGCUUGCAUGGAGCCGUACAUCAUUGCUACUAACAGACAAUUGAGUUCGAUGCAUCCAGUUUACAAGCUGCUUCAUCCUCACAUGCGCUACACGCUAGAAAUCAAUGCGCGUGCACGUAAAAGCUUAAUCAACGGAGGAGGGAUUAUAGAAAGUUGCUUCACUCCUGGAAAAUACGCAAUGGAACUAAGCUCUGCGGCAUACAAAAGUAUGUGGCGGUUUGACAUGGAAGGACUUCCUGCUGAUCUUGUCCGAAGGGGAAUGGCAGAGGAGGAUUCUUCAGCGGAGUGUGGUGUGAAGCUUGUGAUCGAAGACUAUCCGUAUGCAGCAGAUGGUCUUUUGAUCUGGAAAGCCAUCAAGAACCUAGUUGAAUCAUAUGUGAAACACUUCUACUCUGAUCCUGACUCCAUAACAUCUGACUUUGAGCUCCAAGCUUGGUGGGACGAGAUCAAGAACAAAGGUCACUACGACAAGAAAGACGAGCCUUGGUGGCCUAAACUCAACACAACGCAAGACUUGUCCGAAAUCCUAACCAACAUGAUAUGGAUCGCGUCGGGACAACACGCAGCCCUUAACUUCGGGCAGUACCCGUUCGGAGGGUAUGUCCCGAACCGUCCUACGCUGUUGAGGAAACUUAUACCACACGAAAACGAUCCAGACUACGAAAUGUUCAUGAGAAAUCCUCAGUACAGCUUCCUGAGCUCGUUACCGACACAGCUCCAAGCAACAAAAGUGAUGGCGGUACAAGAGACGCUCUCGACGCAUUCUGCUGAUGAAGAGUACUUGAUCGACCUGAAAGAAAACCAGAGACGUUGGUUUCAAGAUGAGGAAGUGGUUAAGUAUUUUAGCAAGUUCACGGAGGAGCUUGAGGAGAUAGAGAAGAAGAUCGAUAAUAGGAACAAAGAUAAGAAGCUGAAGAACAGAACAGGUGCUGGGAUGCCUCCUUAUGAACUACUUAUACCUACUUCACCACAUGGAGUCACUGGCCGUGGUAUUCCUAACAGCAUUUCCAUCUAGAUGUGAUUAUCAUGUCGUGAAAAUAUAAUAAAAAUUGUCUAAAAUUUUAUUAUUACAUUUUUAUUAGAUAAGAUAAAAUUUUUAUUAUAUUUUCUUGUUUUUACAUUUUUAAUCUUUUAGUAAUUUUAUUACAGGUACAUCUUUAGAUAAU